AUGAGGACAGACGCCGCCGCCGCCAUGCUGGCUUUCCUGGCCACCACGGCCCACGCUUUCGGUGCCAAGCCUUCGCCUCAGCCCACCAAGAUCGAAAGCUUUAAGUGGAAGUACCCAUUCGAGACUGAGGCCAUGGCGAACUACAACGCUGCUUGCGAAGCGUCUGACAAGUUCGGCGCCCACGAAUACACCCUCCACCAGCUCAUGGACCCGGCGCCGCAGGGACUCGGCCCCUGGGCGGAAGGCCUCAAGGCCUUUUUCACCGGCCGCGAGUACCCUGGUGGCUGGGGUGGCUGGGAUCGCCAUCUCCAUGACCGUAGUCUGUUGAAGAUGGAGUACACCGACAUGCCCCUUAAGGUUAGGGAGUGGAUUGAGGAGCAGGAGAGGACCGAAGGCGCCGGAAAGGGCCUCUUUGGCGUCUUUGAGAAGCCCAAGGGCGACGAUGACACGAUCGACGAGACCGUCACAUUCAGCGAGACGGUGGAUAGGGCUGCUGAUAGCGACAGGGUUGCCAUCUUUGCUCCUGGUGCCAUCUACGAGAUCCUUCCCCUCUGGGUUGCAGAGGGAAGCAACUGUGAAGAGCAACUGUCCGACCUGAGCAAGUACCAGCCCACGCACGCGGACGGAGCUGUCGUUGCGUGGCCCAGCAAGACUAGCCCUAACCAGGAGAAGUUGAUCAGCAUCAAGAUUGAUGCCAACGUAUUAGCAAAGAAGGAGGGCGUCGAGGAGCCUGUGGAGGAGAAGAAGGAGGAGGAGUCCAAGGAGGCGCCUGCGGAGAAGAAGGCUGACGAGAAGGAUGAGCUAUGA